UAAUUGGUUGAUACCGUUUCUGCCCUCUAGUCUUUCUUUCAGUCUGAUUUUUGUGUCCCCUGUUUUCUCAUGUGGUUUUGUUUUUGUUUUGCUUUACCAUAGUAAAUGUAUUACUGAAGGCUGUUGCAUAUUUUAAUUCAGCCUCUCUUUAUAUAUCUCUGCUUAUUUAUUGAAUUAACUGUAUGUAUCUUGCUUAAUCUCUUCUUCUCUUUAGAUCUCAAGAUGAUUCGCACACGAGUCCAUCCUGAGCCUCCUGAUGAGGGUAGCAGCCCAGAACCAAGAUGGACACCUGUGGUUGCGAGAACUGAAUCAGACAUUCGUCUUCUGAGGACCUUCAAAAACCAGUUUCUGGGCGUAAUGAAGCAGUCUCAGAGGGAUGCAGAGCGGGCAUGUAGAGAGGCCUCUGUGUGGAUGGCACAGCAGGCAGGGAGACAAGAUACCUUGGAGUAUAAUGUUCGAACAUUUGAGGGAAGUCUGUCCCCAUCCUCCUCUGGUUCUGUUCUUGAGCCAGUGUGGGAGCUAAUCCCAACACUAAAACCUGCGCCUAGACCCGCUCCACCUAAACAGUCCAAGCGGACCUGCGCUGUGGAAGACAACUUGCAGUGUGCUGCUGGUGCCGACAUGAUAUCUAGUUGGCAGGCAGGAGUUCAGCUCCAGCCACAGAUUGCGCAGCUUUUACCUGGACAUUCAGACCAUUACUCAAGGCCGAGUCCAGUGAUCCACCCGUUCUCUGUCAUGCCAUCUCCUCUCGGGGCAUCCCGUGCUCCCUUUCCUCCGCUGUCCUCAAGUCAGCCUCAGCCGGCCUCUCACUUGGUUGUUGAAUUGCACACCAGUCCUGCUCCAACUGCCUCUGCUCCUGGUGUGCAUCCAUUCCAGGCGACUGCCCAAAGAGAGAAUCGGCAUCAACCACCAAUUUUACAAGCACCUGCCCCGUCAACUACAGCCGUCGCUAAGGCAAAACCAAAGCUUAAAACAUCAGAAAUCUCUCGUGAUCCCCUAGGCCCAGAUCCUCUUGCAGAAUAUGAGAGAAGGGUAAGAGAGAUGGAGGAAAGAGGCCAUAUUAUGGACUUAAUUCCAGUGAUGAGAAAAAGAGAGCUGGCCACUUUGCAGAUUUAUCUGUUGGACAUCCGAGGCCUUCCAGCUGAGGUUGAACAGAGGAGGAAGAUCCAUGAUAGUGAGACCAUGAAAAUGGGGGAACUGGAGAGGGAAAAGGAUGCAAACACGUUGGCUGAGAUCAAACACGAGCUUGAGAGCUAUAAAAGAAUCCUGGCACGGGUGAAGGAGAGGGUCACGGCCGACGCUGAUGCUCACCUUUUACAACAAGACUCAGAGCACACAUCACAGAGUUGUCCCUCACCUGCCUCCCUUCAGAAUCCGAAUGAAUCAGAAACAAGCCGAUCCAACCCCGCUAAAUGUACAAUGAGAGGAAACAAGAAAAGGGAGAAUAUCAAAAAUGGUGCUGUUGCUCGCCCUCUGCCCAAUGGUUGGAAGCACGCAUCAAAACCCUCUCUUUCCUCCAAGAAAAGCGAUCCUAGGGUGGACUGUUCUGUCUCCAAACCAUCAGCUCCUAAUAGCACGUUGAAGAACACUGGCCUGUCCCGCCGGUUGUCACCACGAAGCAUAAAGAAGAAGCUGCCCCCCUCCAAAAAUACUCUAGCAAAGGAUUCCCGGUUGUCCCAUCGAGGUCAUUCAAGACCCGGAUCAGUUUCAUCCUCUCAUACAAUCACCUGCACUGAUUGCUCCUCUUUCCAAGACAGGUGUACUUUCCCCCACGAGUUAAUAUCCAUUCCAGACCUAUCACUCAGAGACCCAUUGCAUGAACCACCCACCACCUGUGUCUGUGCAACCACUCUUCGAGCCGUGGCCGGGAGGAAUGCAACACACACACCACCUACUAGAGCUUCAUUGGGAGAGGAAGAGAACAGUGAAGAGGAUGAAAUUAUGACUGAGGAGGAUCAGUUAGGGACAGAAAGAGGUGCGGAGAGGGCGCAGACAGAGAGUGACAGUGAGGACAGUAGCGAUAAUGAGGAGGAAACAGCAACGGACAUGCUACCUCCAAGAGGAACCAACAGCCAUACUGUCCCCAAACCAUCACAGACCAUUAAAAAGAGCCUGAAACAGGAAGACCAAACUCAGCGCUACACGGAGUUGAGGUAUUUGGUGCUGACCACUGACAUGAAAUUGGGAUAUCUUCAAGAGCUGGAGAAAGAGGCCAAGUGGGCAUACAAAAAAGAGAAAGACCAGCUGGAAUUGAAGAAGGAAACCUUCAAAAAAAGUGAGAAAUCAAUGCUGUCAGACAUGAAAAGUAAGACAAAGGAGGCACUGAGAGUGCAAGAGGUAGAAAUUGAAAAGGGUCAGAAAAGGGUUGAAAAGGAACUGAAAUUAGAGGCAGCCAACCUAAAAGCCUGCUUAAAAGGGUACAGAAAGGAUAUGAAAGAGGAAGCAAAAAAGGGAAAACAAAGGCAGAAGGUUCUUAAGAAGCAACGACAAGAGGAAGAGAAACGCAAACUUGCAGAGCAGAAAAGGUUUGAAAAACAGCAGGAGAAAACAUUUCAGAGGCAGCUGGACGAGGAGAGAAAAAAGAGUGAAGCUGAAAUCAUGAGAGCACAUGAGGAAGGGAAAAAGGACGAGAAGGAGAGGGAAAUGAAUGAGAAAAUGCAGAUGGAGGAAAACAUGAAGUUGAAGAGACAGCUUAAAUAUGAUGAAAGGAAACGUAAAAACAACAGGAGAUGGACUAUAAGAAUUGUCAAACGUGAUGAGUUGAUUGACAAAAUAAGCGCUGCACCACGACGUUUUUGCCAAGCCGUGACCAAGCUUUUCAGGCCAAGUUUUGGAAAACAAGUAGAGAAAAGGUUGAAGGAAACACAAAAGGCAGAAUUGCUGAGGUUCCAGCAUGAAAAGGACUACAUGAAGGAGGAUUUCGAGAGAAGGGUAAAGCAGACACUGGAGAUGUAUAAAGUGGAGGAGGAGAGAAAAUGGUGUCUGGAAGACAGGCAGAAAGUGCAUGCUGCCGAGAAGGAGGCAAACGAGUGGAACCGUAAAAUGCGGGUUGGGCUGUCAAAGGUGAGGGGCAGUGCGAGUCGCAUCAAUAUGUUUUGAGAGGAGGCGACAGGACACCAAGAAGGAGCAAGUCAGACAAAAGUGGUUCAAAAGAAGCAGAGAAGUAACCCAAGGGGGAGGAGAGCGCAUCUUCACAGGAACUGCUGUCAUAAAGCUCUUUUAUAUGAAUGGGUUGUAUGAGAAGUGCCAGGGCAUUGUUACCAAGGUAAGACAGAUGUCCUUGUUAUUUAAAAUCUAGAGCAAUGAUCUGGACUGGGAGUAAAGUAGGGGUUAGGUUUGGGCAACACCAUUGUCUACAAGGUUAAGCUCACAUGAUGCCAAUAGCAUUUGCACAUUUAAACUGUCUGACCAACAAGGUCAAAGUAUAAUUAUAGGAUUGAGUACUGCCUGAAGUUGUUUAAAGCACACUUUAAAAUGAUCCUUGCUUUCAUU